GUGGGCGGCGGAUGUUGAGCGAUAGACGGAGAGAUGUUUGAAUAGUCAGUCAGGUCCUUAGGCGGAAAACAUUGCAAUUGAGAAAAACUGUUCAAUAAAAUUAGUAUAUUUACAAUAAAUCCGUUAACAGCCUCAAACAAUCCGUGUUAUUUCCAUUGGGAAGUGCAGACCAAAGAGAAGCGCCCGGUUUUGUGUAGCGAGCCGGUGUUGUUCGUUCGCUAGUUAGAGCUGGUAGUCCACUCAGCGGAUGCGCGAUUUCAAUUUAUCACCACCACGGCUUCUCCCUCUGCUAACGAGCUAGCCAACAAAACAGUUGUAAUUCCGAUUAACGAAACAUUUGUCGGUGUGUGUCCAGUCGAUCCCGAGUCACUACAUUGAAUGAGGACCGACCCCUCUCUGCAGGUUGACCAUGGUGCUGACAGGGAAGCGCUCUGUGAAGGGACCAGUGGGUUGGAGGAGGAGGGUGAAGUGUGAGUACAUGAGGCUACGCUUCAGACGGGCCGACGAGGUCAAGAGUAUGUUUAACUCUAACCGUCAGAGGAUCUUGGAACGGACAGACAUCCUGAAUGCUGAUUGGAAGUCCAGGAGGAUCCAGCCCCUUCACAUCAUGACAUCUGUUAGCUCGUUACGAGGGACCAGAGAGUGUACGGUGGACAGUGGUUUCUCUGAGUUCUCCAAACAGGUGAUCCCUCUGAAGACGCUCAACGCUGUAGCCUCUGUCCCUGUCAUGUACUCCUGGUCCCCGCUACAGCAGAACUUCAUGGUAGAAGAUGAGACGGUUCUCCACAACAUCCCCUACAUGGGAGACGAGGUUCUGGACCAAGACGGAACCUUCAUAGAGGAACUCAUCAAGAACUACGACGGCAAAGUUCACGGAGACAGGGAGUGUGGCUUCAUUAACGAUGAGAUCUUUGUGGAGCUGGUGGGGGCCCUGACCCAGUACAGUGACAACGAGGAGGAUUUAGAUUUUGAUGAAGAAGAGCAGGAGUUGAAGAUGGAGCUGUGUGAGGGGAAGGACCACAUGGUUGAGGAUUCCCACCAGGAAUCCCUGAUCAACACUGACAGCCAAGGCAGCAGUGACAGUUCCAAGAAGUUUCCGUCUGAUAAGAUCUUUGAGGCCAUUUCCUCCAUGUUCCCUGAUAAGGGCUCCACAGAGGUACUCAAAGAGAAAUACAAGGAGCUGACAGAGCCCCAGUUGCCGGGUGCAUUGCCUCCAGAGUGUACUCCUAACAUGGACGGUCCUAACGCUCGCUCCGUUCAGAGAGAACAGAGUCUACACUCCUUCCACACACUGUUCUGCCGACGCUGCUUCAAAUACGACUGCUUCCUGCACCGUGAGUCCUUCCAUGCGACUCCUAACACCUAUAAGCGUAAAAACAUGGAGAAUCUGGUGGACAGUAAACCCUGUGGUGACGAGUGCUAUAUGUACCUGGUGCAGGAUGGUUUGGUGAGGGAGUACCCUGACGGCAUGGCAACCGAGAGGUCCAAGACUCCUUCCAAACGCCCCGUGAUCCGUCGCCGGGGACGACCCAGCGGCAACAGCCGGCCCAGCACACCAACAGUCUCCACGGAUACCAAAGACACUGACAGCGAGCAGGAGGGGAAAGACGACGACGAUGAUGAUAAGGACACCACUAGCAGCUCAGAGGGUAACUCACGGUGCCAGACUCCAGUGAAGUUGAAGGUGACGUGUGAUCCUCAGGUUGUUGAUUGGAGCGCUGCCGAGGCUUCACUCUUUAGGGUUCUCAUCGGAACCUACUAUGAUAACUACUGCCCUAUAGCCCGACUCAUAGGAUCCAAGACCUGCAGACAGGUCUACGACUUCAGAGUAAAGGAGUCUAGUAUCAUCGCUCGCGCUCCGGCUGAGGACGAAGACACGCCCCCUCGCAAGAAGAAGCGGAAACACCACAGGUUAUGGGCCACUUACUGCAGGAAGAUCCAGCUGAAGAAAGAUGGCUCGUCCAACCACGUGUAUAACUACCAGCCAUGUGACCACCCCCACCAGCCCUGUGACUCCUCCUGCCCCUGCGUCACCGCUCAGAACUUCUGUGAGAAAUUCUGCCAGUGCAGCUCGGAGUGUCAGAACCGUUUCCCAGGAUGCAGGUGUAAGGCCCAGUGCAACACCAAGCAGUGUCCGUGUUACCUGGCGGUCAGGGAGUGUGACCCUGACCUCUGUCUGACCUGCGGAGCUGCUGAACACUGGGACAGCAAGAACGUUUCCUGUAAAAACUGCUCCAUACAGAGGGGGGCCAAGAAGCACCUACUCCUAGCGCCGUCUGAUGUCGCAGGCUGGGGCAUCUUCAUCAAAGAGCCAGUUCAGAAGAAUGAGUUCAUCUCUGAGUACUGUGGGGAGAUAAUCUCCCAAGAUGAGGCUGAUCGCAGAGGGAAGGUCUAUGACAAAUACAUGUGUAGCUUCCUGUUCAACCUCAACAAUGACUUUGUAGUGGAUGCUACUAGGAAGGGAAACAAGAUUCGUUUUGCCAACCAUUCCGUCCAGCCCAACUGCUAUGCAAAAGUGAUGAUGGUGAAUGGGGACCACAGGAUAGGGAUCUUCGCUAAGAGAACCAUCCAGACUGGAGAGGAGCUCUUCUUUGACUACAGGUACAGUCAGGCUGAUGCUCUGAAGUACGUCGGCAUCGAGCGGGAGUCAGAGAUACCAUGAUCCCCUCUUCUACCUCCUCUGGAUCAACACAAAGGCCUUACACACACACACACUCUCUUCAGGAACCCCAAACGACUCUUUGUCGGCAUCCUGGGAUGCUUCAAGAAUUCUGGAAAGUCUCUUUAUCUCACUUUGAAUAAUUUUUCUACAAACAAAUCUUCCAGUUCUCUGGGAUUUGUGAGCCUCUUGGUAACUGGUCACUAGAAAGUCCUUCCUGUUUACGGCUAACAAACAUUCACAGGUGUUAAUAAAUCCACUGACUGACCGCAAGUAUAAAAAGUAUCACAGAGCUAAAGGGAACCAAUCCAGAUGAAUGCACACAUUAUUGACUCUGAAAUCACAACUGGUUGUAAAUCUUUUACUGGGACCAAAACCCUUUUUUUUCGUUAGGGCCUGGCAUUAGCCCCUCACCACCAGCUAGACUAAAUGUGGAUUAAAAAUAUUUCCGUAACUGGUGAUUUCCCCACUCCCCAGCCAAACCUUGGUCUCAGACCCCACAGACACACACUGGAGUGCCAGAACACUGUUUUGAGACUAUAGCCUGAUAUCGGAGGUGAAAUCACAUUUUAUUGGUCACAUACACAUGGUUAGCAGAUGUUAAUGCGAGUGUAGCGAAAUGCUUGUGCUUCUAGUUCUGACUGCAGUAAUAUCUAACAAGUAAUCUAACAAUUCCACAACAACUACCUUAUACUCACAUCUAAAGGGAUGGAAUAAGAAUAUGUACAAAUAAAUAUUUGGAUGAGAAAUCAAAAUACUGCAUAAUUUCCUAAGGACUCGAGGUGACCAUCUCUGUUGGCGCCGUCUGAGCUUGGUGACAGUGAAAGGAUGAGUGAUGACGAGCAGAACUAGCUGUGUUUUCUUCUGUGACUACAUCUGGUUUAUUCCAAAAUUCAUCUUCUGUCUGUUUCACUUGUUUCAAUGUUUUGAUGAUGACCACCUGAGGGAUGCUUUAAUGGGGUCUGUGUUCUAGGUGAUGAUGACCUGAGGGAUGCUUUGAUGGGGUCUGUGUUCUAGAUGGUGAUGACCUGAGGGAUGCUUUGGGGUCUCUGUUCUAGGUGAUGAUGACCUGAGGGAUGCUUUGAUGGGGUCUCUGUUCUAGGUGAUGAUGACCUGAGGGAUGCUUUAAUGGGGUCUCUGUUCUAGAUGGUGAUGACCUGAGGGAUGCUUUGAUGGGGUCUCUGUUCUAGAUGGUGACCUGAGGGAUGCUUUGAUGGGGUCUCUGUUCUAGGUGAUGAUGACCUGAGGGAUGCUUUAAUGGGGUUUAUGUUCUAGGUGAUGACCACCUGAGGGAUGCUUUAAUGGGGUUUAUGUUCUAGGUGAUGACCACCUGAUGGAUGCUUUGAUGGGGUCUCUGUUCUAGAUGGUGACCUGAGGGAUGCUUUGGGGUCUCUGUUCUAGGUGAUGACCUGAGGGAUGCUUUGAUGGGGUCUCUGUUCUAGAUGAUGACCUGAGGGAUGCUUUGGGGUCUCUGUUCUAGGUGAUACUACUGCUAGGACAAUGUCAUGUUUUGUCACGUAUUGAGGUUUUGUAAACGCCCCCAGGUAUCUGCUGUGUCUUGAAUCUUGUUGGAACACUGAAUAGUCACUUGAUUAGAGCUGGUUAUUGAUGAUGUAUCCUCAAUCUGAUGCAUGAUGACGGUUCCAUGUUUGUAGUCUGGGGAAGACCUGCCUGCUACUGUAAUCUAGUGACGCCUGGUGCUAGUGAAUACUGCAGAUUUGACGCCAGCCUUGAAUCAUGUUUAGUGAGACGGACUUCUCCUGUUUUUACAACUAACUUAUUGUGUCAACUUGACCGGCAGCUGGGAUGGCUCUGUAAAGGCCUACGAACAGAUAUCGAUGACUGACGGUUGUGUUUAGUGGAUGGGUGAAGUCAGGAGACUGUUUUAAGUAGUUUAUGUUGCUCAUGUUAGGACAGGGCUGGGGAACUCUGGGAGAUUCAUUGAUCCAAUGAUGCACAAAUUGCUCAGACACAAACCUGGUCUAAAUCAGUCUGACUGGAAAACCAGCAGACACAGCAGCUCCCAAAGAUUAGUGUCAGAGACGGAAGAGGAAGAGAGACGUCCCACUCCCUCGUUGUUUCUGGUUCAUAUACAGUCAAUGAACUAAGUAGACCAGACCCAGUCGCUAUCCCUUUGGUGUCUAUGGGGGAGACACCCCUUAAAUAGACUGCAACUGUGACCUUUUUUUUCAAUGGUAAACAGCCUGAGUAAGACAUUUAUCCACCAUCUUGGCUAGUAUCCUACCGAUCUGUUAGAUGUAUACUCCCUGAAGUAUACAUGGCUGGCGUCCAGUGGGAUUCAAUAUUCUAGAAUAUUCAGAUAGAAAUACAGGCCUACUAUUUAAAGAGCCAUGCUUCUCUGUCAUAUAGAAUAGUGAAACUACUCUACACAAGACAUUUCUAAUGUUCCCUCCUGAACGUAGCCCUGGUUUCCUCCAGUUGUCUCCGGGACCACUCUUCUGACUACCAAGAUGCUGAUUUUUAUUGUUUACAGGGAGUAUUGUUCAAAGUUAUGCUUAAUAAAAUAAGAGCAAAUAAAA